AUGUAUGCUAUGGAGGUGCCUGUGGUAUACCCUACUGAGGAAGAGUUCGCCGAUCCCAUCGAUUACUUGAAUCAGCCCGCUCUGCGGCGCCUGGGGAAGGUCUACGGGAUGGUGAGGAUAGUGCCCCCCGCGGGGUUCAACCCGCCGCUGGCACUGGACAAAGCCAGGUUCAAGUUCAAAGUGCGGUGGCAGAACCUUAACGAGCUCCAGCUGCUGAACAGGGCCCGCUUGUUCUUCAUAAACAACUUGAACACUUUCAACAGGCUGAAGGGACACCCUGCCCACUUGGAGCACACAUAUGUGCGCGUCGCCACUGCAAGGCUGCACCUGUACGACCUAUACAUCCACAUCAUGCAGAGGAAGGGACUGCUGCCCACGAAGUCGGUGCUCGUCGACAAACCGCUGUGGAGGUCCUUCCUUUCAAGGAACAAGCUCAGCCACACGGUGUCCCCAGAGCAACUCGUACAGGUGUUCACUUCUUACCUGCAGGACUAUUACUCAUACCUCUACAGAAUGUACAGGAAAACUGGCUCCGGCAGCAUAUACAAUGCAAUGUUGUACAAGGAGGCCAUACCACACUCUGCACUGCAAACCAAUGACCUGGAUUCACAGGAUGAUCAGGAUCACCAGGACAACCAGGACAACCAGGAUGACAGGAAUGAACAGGGUGAAGAAACUCUACGAACUCAGGAACCUACGCCAGACGAACCAGUACACCAUAUGGCCAGGAUGUCCGCCGCUGUGGGAGCUGAUGACUCCGAACUGCAGGACUGGUGCCCCAUAUGUAAACAUAUCCCGAAAGAUAACGAACUAGACGACGUCUCUUACUGUGACAGUUGUAGCCAGAUCUUCCACAACAGGUGCAUCAAAAAUAAUAACUACUUGAACAACGCCAGUGGAGAAUGGAUCUGUAAUAAUUGUAUUAUUGGAAACGGAUUUUAUGGGUUCAAAUACAGCACACACUACUUUACACUGAAAGAAUUUGAACAGAAGUACGGGACAGAUGAGAGCCCGGAUGUGGAUAAGCUUGAAAAGGAAUUCUGGGAUCUAGUGGGUAACCAGGACGUGAAGACCACAGUUCCUUAUGGCGCCGAUAUUCAUAGCGAGGACCCAGCUGAAUUGACUGGCUUUCCAACUAACGAUAAAACUUAUAGCACACACCCAAUGAACUUGCUUAACCUGCCCCAGGCUAGUAGUUCGCUGCUGCCAUUCCUGAAUAGAAACAUCUCGGGUAUGACAAUCCCAUGGAUAUAUGUAGGCUCGAAGUUUUCAACAUUCUGUUGGCAUUUGGAGGAUCAAUACACGUUAAGCGCAAAUUAUCAACAUGAGGGUUCACCCAAGGUUUGGUACAGUAUACCAGAUAACUCCUGUGACAAUUUUCACAAGCUACUACAUGAUUUGACCCCUGAUCUUUUUGAGAAACAACCUGAUCUAUUACAUCAGUUGGUCAGUCUUAUCUCACCGUAUGACCCAUUGUUCAAGAAAUAUAAUGUCAAGUGGUAUAAGGCGGUUCAGCAUCCUAACGAAUAUAUAGUAACAUUCCCAAAGUGCUACCAUGCAGGUUUCAAUACGGGGUAUAAUAUUAAUGAGGCUGUUAACUUCACGAGCGAAUCGUGGCUACCUUAUGGAUUGGAAGCCAUAUCAGACUAUCAACUUACGAAGAAAAUGCCUGUGUUUGAUAUGUAUGAGUUGAUGGUGAAUAUUCUAGUAAUGUAUUAUCGUGAUAAUUUGCCGUCUCCAGUAAGCGAUGCUUUCUUACAACACUGCCACCAUGAACUCUUAUCAUAUAUCAACAAGGAAACAAGAAAUAUUUUUUCGGUAAUGCCAUUUAUUGCACAAGAGAGACUUCUGCAUGUUAGUAAUCAAUUACAUCUUGAUAGUGAAGAUACCAAAGAAUACAUACAGGAGGAUGACGAAGAUGGUUUCUUUUGUGCUAGUUGUUCUACUAUGUGCUCUUUUGUAUUUGUAUUACAGUGCAAACUUGAUAGGUCUAGACAUGCUAAAAGAAGAAAGACUACAAAUAACGAUAACCACUUAUUGAAGGUUCGAGAAUUUAAAAAACAUCUUGAAGAAGAUUCUGAUUCCCAAGUGCUUUGCCUGACCCAUUUCUUGGAAUGUAAAGACAAAUCAGAAACUAUCAACAGUUUAAUCUCUCUCAGAGAAUUUAACGAACUCCAUCAUAUCCUUAAGUUAUCUGGUAAUAAGAUGGAUGGAAUAAAAUGA